AAAAAUACCAACAGCACCAUAUUACUAGUUUCAGGAAGCAAAAGGCAACACCAUGGCAGCCAAGAUGUUUGCACUGUUUGCACUUCUUGCUCUUUGUGCAAGCGCCACUACUGCUACCUAUGUUCCAUUGGGCGCCAUGAACCCUUGCAUGCAGUACUGCAUGAUGCAACAGCCGUACGCCAUGAACCCAUGCAUGCAGUACUGCAUGAUGCAACAGGCGCUUGCCAUGGGCAGAUUUGCCUCACCGGCAUCCAUGAUGCUGCAGCAACCGUGGACCUCACCACUUCAGCAGUACUGGACUCCAAGGAUGAUGCCUAGCAUGAUGCCGUUUCAACAAUGUCACUGUGGUGCCAUCUCACAGAUUACGCAGCAACAGCAACUACCGUUCAUGUUCAACCCGAUGGCUACAGUGAUCCCGCCUAUGUUCUUCCAGCAGCCUUUUGCUGGUGUCCCAUUCUAGAUGGAUGUCCUCAUGCUGUAACGAUAAUAAAGCUGACAUGCCCUCGCAUGUGAGUCGCAAGGAAUAAGAAAAGUAUGAAAUCAACGGCUUUUCAUUCAU